GCUGCAGGCGGAUACGCAUGCGCUUUAUGCCCGCUGUUGCUGAAGCUUGCGCGUUAACAGCUUUGGCUGCUCUGCAGUGGUGCAGAAAUGCUGUGCCGACUCGGCGGUCGGUGGCUGCGGCCGCUCCCUGCCCUGCAGCUGCGGGCUAGGGACCCGCCGCUUGCGCCGGUUCCUACGAGCGGCGCCAAACGCCCCACUCUGUCAGUGUGGGCUGUGGCACCAGUCUCUGCAGUCCAUGCGAACGGCUGGUAUGAGGCCCUAGCCGCGUCUUCGCCGGUGCGGGUUGCGGAAGAAGUACUGCUCGGCGUGCAGGCCACCACGGGCCUGCCCUGGUGGGGCAGCAUUCUGCUCUCCACCGUGGCCCUGCGGGGUGCUGUCACGCUGCCUUUGGCCGCCUACCAGCACUACAUCCUGGCCAAGGUGGAAAAUUUGCAGCCAGAAAUAAAAGCUAUUGCCAGGCAUCUUAACCAAGAAGUUGUAGUUCGUGCAAAUCAGUUGGGGUGGUCCGAAAGAGUUGCCAGGCUCACUUAUCUAAAGAAUAUGAAGAGGCUAAUUUCAGAACUGUAUGUGCGAGAUAACUGCCACCCUUUCAAAGCCACUGUGUUGGUUUGGAUUCAGCUUCCAAUGUGGAUCUUCAUGUCUUUUGCUCUCCGGAAUUUAAGCACAGGGGCAGCACAUUCAGAAGGUUUUUCUGUUCAGGAACAGUUAGCUACUGGUGGUAUUCUGUGGUUUCCUGACCUCACUGCACCGGACUCCACUUGGAUUCUGCCUAUCUCUGUUGGCGUCAUCAAUUUGUUAAUAGUGGAGAUUUCUGCUCUACAAAAAAUUGGAAUAUCUCGUUUGCAGACAUAUGUUACAUACUUUGUCCGUGCAAUGUCGGUGUUGAUGAUUCCAGUUGCUGCAACGGUACCCUCAUCAAUUGUUCUCUACUGGUUAUGCUCCAGCUUCAUGGGUCUUUCACAGAACUUGCUGCUGCGUUCUCCUGGAUUUCGCCAACUUUGCCGAAUACCAUCGACCAAGUCAGAUUCAGAGACUCCUUAUAAAGACAUAUUUGCUGCCUUUAAUACCAAGUUCAUUUCAAGAAAAUGACAUAUUUUCCAAUAAUUUAAAAACAGUUGCAAGAGUCACUAUCACCUUAAUGUAUUUAGACUUAGAAAUUCAGAUGUUAUUUGAUUUCCUUUUUCUUAAAAUCAUGAACUUCAUGAAAUAUUGUACAUUAAGAUGGAAUCCAGACCAGGAACGGUGGCUCAUGCCUGUAAUCCCAGCACUUUGGGAGGCCGAGGUGGGCGGAUCACCUGAGGUCAGAAGUUCGAGACCAGCCUGGCCAACAUGGUGAAACCCCGUCUCUACUAAAAAUACAAAAAUAUUAGCUGGGCAUAGUGGCAGGCACCUGUAAUCCCAGCUACUUGGGAGGCUGAGGCAGGAGAAUCACUUGAACCUGGGAGACAGAGGUUGCAGUGAGCUGAGAUCGUUCCAUUGCACUCCAGCCUGGACAACAAGAGCAAAACUCUGUCAAAGAGGAAAAAAAAAAAAAAAGAUGCAAUCCAGAUAUAUUUGACAGUAAUUUAAAUCUUUUAAAUAUUAUAAAUGCAGUAUGUUUAAUUGUGAAAGUAUUAGAAUAGAACCAAAGUACCUGUCUCUGUUUAUAAAGUUACAGUUUGUUAGAGCUACCAGAACUUUGGAGAAUAGGGUUAGCUACUGAAUGAUGUCAAACUAAGCAAUACUGCAUAUUACUGUUUUGUAAAAUAAGAAGAUCAGUGAGAUGAUUCAUUUUUUUUUUUUUUUGAGAUGGGGUCUCACUGUGUUGCCCAGGCUGAAGUGCAGUGGCAUAAUUUCAGCUAACUGCAGCCUCUACCCUCCGGGUUCCAGCGGUUUUCCUGCCUGAGCCUCCAAGUAGCUGGGAUUGCAGGUACACACCACCACGCCCAGCUAAUUUUUGUGUUUUUAGUAGAGAUAGGGUUUCACCAUGUUGGGCAGGCUGGUCUGGAACUCCUGACCUCAAGUGAUCCACCCGCCCUGGCCUCCCAAAGUGCUGGGAUUACAGGCGUGAGCCACCUCACCCAGCAUUUUUUUUUUUUUUUAAUUUUUUUAAUGAGACGGAAUCUCUGUUUGUCACCCAGGCUGGAGUGCAGUGGCAUGAUCUCAGCUCACUACAACCUCUGCCUCCCGUGUUCAAGCAAUCCUCCUACCUCAGCCUCCUGAGUAGCUGGGACUACAGGCAUGCACCACCAUGCCCAGCUAAGUUUUGUAUUUUUAGUGGAGAUGGGGUUUCACCAUGUUGACCAGGAUGGUCUGGAACUCCUGCCCUCAAGUGAUCUGCCCACUUCGGCCUCCCAAAGUCCUGGGAUUACAGGCAUGAGCCAUUGUGCCCGGCUGAGAUGUUUCUUAUUAUUUUGGAGGUGAAGAGGAUUUUAGACCUCUUUGAGCAUCUGAAAAAAGGCUAUAUAUAUAUGGUUUUCUCUUCAGAAUAAUCUUAGGACUCAAAAUACGGGGACUUCAUUGAUACCAGGAAGGUUUUCUGGCAACUCCUAGUGAAUAAAUGUUAUUCUAAUGGAACACACAUUGAUCCUGAGUUAAUGCAUGCUUGAAAAAGAAAAGGGGGCAGCGACUGGAAAUAUAUGCAGUGGAGUAGUCCAUGCAUACAAGUACCUAGCAUGGUAGAUGAUGUUACCUCCAGCCCUGCUCAGAAAGAAUACAAAAAGUGUACAUUCCUUUUUCUGUAAUUUAAGAAGUCUGGAAUACAGAGUGUAGCACCAUGUACUGCUAGCACCCAAAGUGGAAAAUCUUAAGCAUUCAGUUUGUUUAGUCAAAGAAGAAAACCAGAAGGGCAGUUGCCUAUUGAGGUGAUUUUAAACCUGUUUAUUUGUAAGGAUUAAGUACCCUAAUAGGCUUAAACUAUGAUAGAGGUUUAAUACAGGAAAAAUUGACAGGUAUUAUAAAUUGUGGAUCCAGUUACUUGCUUAAUUUGUAAAGAGGUAAGAUUAGCUCUGGUUGAGAUAUCAAGUAUGACAGGUAUUUGAGAAGACUAUAAAUCAUAAAUUUUCAUUUAAUUAAAAUCUGGACCUGAUUCUGAGAAACCCUAUCAUUCCAUCUCAAUGUUUUACAAUAAAAUAAAAACUAAAGUGAAAUUCA